AUGUUGGCGGUGAUGAUCCGUCUUCGAACACGAACCAUUCAAAACACAUUCCAGCCGUCAUCCACUCUGAUUAACUUCCUAAAGAGUCAACGCAGAUUCACUCAAGUCAUGUUGACCUCAUGUGCGAUUACAUUCGGUCAGUGCUCGCGCCACUUUCCUGUUGUUCUCAUGAAGAAAUGUGACUCGCAUCAGGGACAAACAUUUUGGCAGCUAGCUCGCAAAGGGGAUCCAGAGGGUGCCGAUGAGAUCUGGAGUGGGCGAAGGUUCCAUGCGGUCUAG